AUGACGGGUAAGAGGACAAAGGCAACGGGAGAUAACCUGGUCAACGCAGGAGCGGCCGAAGCAGCCGGCGAAGGGGGAUCGGGCCAGAUGCUGCCAGCCAACCAAAACGACAUAGAAGCCGCCAGGGAUACUUUGAGCGGGAACAUAGACCAGCCGACUCUUCACCAGCUGCUGCUGGGCGUCCUGUCAGCAGCGCAGGCCAACGCCCCAAAAGCGCCAGCCAGGGAUCCCCGGACAGCACCGCCUCGGGAUCGCUCUCCUGACGUUGUCAUCACAAAAGACGUGACCAUCAUGCCAUCCGCAAGAGAGCAGCUAGCAGCAAUAAGGACGGAAGUUCAAGCGAAUGACGCACCGAAGCUGACAGCCCCACACGAGCAGCGGGAGCAGCUCGACGAAGGAACGCUAAUGCUGCUAGAGACCGCCAUCACCGUGCUGGAUGCGAACGAACCCCAGCUGGCCGUCGCGGGAGAAUGCCUCAAGAUCGCUCACCGCCGCCUUAAGUGCUACUCCGUUGCUCUGGCCAAGGCGGGCCCAGGAGCCAACGGUAAUUUCACGGCCCCCUACGAAAUCUGGCACGGCAGGCGGCGCAACUUCACCAAGCCCGAGUUCAAACCAGAGGCCAUAGAUAAGGGCGACAUAGAGAGUGCAUUAGCUAAAACGCGCAAGUCGGUGGCGGCGGACAGGGACGAGAAUUUGGCCGCCACAGUACUGGGCGCACUGCUCGUCACCGCGGGUUUUAGAGCCCCUCGCCCCGCGCAGCCCCCCCCUGCCCAACGAGACAACACACAAGUGGAGACCAAGAACACCGCCAAGCGUCCCGCACCCGGCCCUGCAGAGCCCACCCGGCCCCGGACCAAGGUCGCCCACCAAGCCCAGGAACCACAUCCAGAUCCAGGAGCCCCUUCGAGGAAUGAACAAGCGGUCCCAGAAGGAAUAAGGGCACGCGCGCAGACACUGCUUGGCCAGGUGCCCUUGGACGCUAACCCCAUGAUCGGCGAUCUAGCUCUGGCGUUGGCAAGCCAGGCGCACAAGGCGCGAGCUAGCAGCACAGUCGCCCAGUACAAAGAGCCAUGGCAGGAGUUCCUAGAUUGGGCAGAGCUACUACACAUUCGGGCGAGCGACAUUUACGACAUCAGGCCAGAGAUAGUGGCCAUGUACCUGAUGCACGUCUACCAAACCGCGCAAGCGGAUGAAGUAGCGCCGUGGGCAUCAAGCGCGGCAUCAUGCCACACUCCAUGCGCAUCGGGGGAAACAGUGCUGCAGCAGCCAGAGGGGUAUCUGAAGAAGCCCGCAAGGCCCACGGUCGCUGGAAGACGGACGCAAUGUGUCCCUCGUUUAAAAGCGGCAGGCUCGGCCCAGUUGGAGACCGGUGAUUAGGCAGUCCCCUCGGAGCGCCGGACGCGCAGCUGUACAGCGAUUACCGCACGGCAAAUAAGUGCCUAUAGAGUAUCGUCGCGCGCUAGGAAUGUCGCCUGGCCAGCCCUGCUGGCCAGGGUGUGGUUCGUGCGUCGCUGACGCUUCAGGUUUGCCCUCGGGGCGGGUGACCAGUGGACGCAGUUAUUAAUGCUGCGUUUAGUUGUCUAGUGCUGUGCGUCAGUUCUUUCGGCCGUGCCGGUGUGGCCGCGCUGGACAGCGCUGCGUGCGCUCAGACCGCGCCGUGUGGCGCUAGACCGCGCUUCGGCGCACACGCGCCCUGGCGCUCCGAGAGCAGCAAUUAGUACUCUGCAGUAGUGUAAGGCCCUUGGCAGCCCCGGUUUCGCCUCGCCCUGUCCUAUCCGGCACCCCGAAUGCAACCGUACAGCAAGCCAUGAAGGCUAUAGGACAUAA